AUGCUUACGGAGUGCCUGCAUACUGGUGCAGCAGGAUUCCAACUCGAUGCGGACUGGCCGGAGGAACAGACGCAGGAACAGUGGACGCCUCCCCAGAAGACGGUGCUUGGAACAUUGGAAGCCUCCCACGAGCCAGCUCGAGUCACGCGCGAGGCUUUCGGUAUCGCAAAGUUCCACAACAGCCACCGCGGAGGCCUCGUUACCUGA